GAUCAGUGGUGGUAUGGAGAGCUGAACACUGCAGCAGGUUGGUUCCCCCGCUCCUUUGUAAGAAUGGUGUCUGGUCCGGCGGCGGCCGUCACCUCACCUGUGACAACACCACAGGAAGCACCUCAAGAACCACCAAUGCCAGAAAACUUGGUUCAUGAUGAAGUAUCUGAGUUUUAUCAAGCUCUCUAUCCUUACCAGUCUGGAGAGCCUGGUGACCUAACCUUCAGUGCUGGAGAAACUAUUCUUGUAGUGAAGAAGGAGGGAGACUGGUGGCAUGGAAUAAUAAAUCAGAACUGUGGCAUCUUCCCCUCCAAUUAUGUUGAACAGCUUCCAAAUCAGGUAUGGGUUUAG